AUGGAAGACUGCGAUUUAUACCGAUUCAAGACGACUUUGAAAGCCAAAGCACAUUCCGCUCUCGAUCCCCUGAAAUAUUUCAUGGAUCAGUCCCAAAUAGUGGAAGACAUUAUAGAGAACCAUAUCACUACAUUCUCAAAUCUCGACAUAGCGAGACUCGAUCCUGAAGCCAAACGCGCUGUUCACGAGCUUGUACGCCGCGUCCACAAUAAAAGGCGAGAGAGGAUGGCCAGUGGAUCAACAUACGACCUUGCUCCCCAACGAAACAACAGCUCGAUGGCCACCCUCGAGGUAGAGCAGCCUGCCUGUCGCAAGGAGUUGCAGGUCUCUACGGAUAAAAUCAAGGAACUCCUCGGCAUGGCUUCUUAUCCGCUUCACGAUUUCUCUCAAGAGUUGAAGGACUUCGGGUUGGACAAGGACAGUAUCAUUAUUUCGACUGCUCGAAUGCCACGAGCGAAGGUGGCCAGUUUCGUCGAUGCUUUCCAAAAGUACUACAACCAGAACCGGGACAAGGAACGGAUGAGCCAGGCGCACUGCUGGCACCUCGUGGAAGCGUUCAAACGAUAUUCAGCGGUCCAUCUAAGGGAAGAUGCAAUCAACAUCGACUCGGAUUAA